AUGAGUGCAUCAGCUUCAUCGGCUUCUCCAGCCUCUCCAACAGCAGCAGCAGCAGCAGCAGCAGCAACAACAACAUCAUCAUUAGCUACAAAAAAGCCUCAAGUACAGCAACCUAAAUGGCACCAACCUACUCGAGCAUCAGCUGCUUCUGAGCUGUCCCCAUUGAGAAUCUACAAUUCUUUAACUCGCUCAAAGGACGAGUUCAUUUCGCUUCAACCUGGACAAGUAACAUGGUACAGCUGUGGUCCAACAGUUUAUGAUCAUUCUCACAUGGGUCAUGCUCGUAAUUAUGUUUCAACCGAUAUUUGCAGAAGAAUUCUUCAGGAUUACUUUGGAUACAAUGUCAAGUUUAUCCAAAACGUUACGGACAUUGAUGACAAAAUUAUCAUUGCUGCUAGACAACAAUACUUAUUCGAUGAAAAGAUUGCCAGUGUGUACACAGAAAAAAAUGACGAACUCACCAACCAAUCGAAGGUGUACCUCCAAUAUUACAUUGAAAAAAACUUGCCUGAAUUCUCAGGUGACGUUGAGAAGGAUUUCUUGAAUUGGACAAAGUCCAUCAACAAUUUAGAAGAAUUGAAAGUACAGAAACCUAAAUUGCCAAUGUACUUGACUGCUGCCACCAAAGCUUACAAUGCGAUUUAUGGCAAUGGAACCAGCGAAAAAGUUGAUUUUUCAAAGUAUUUGUCUGACAUCAAAGAUGUUGCUGUUGUGUACUUGGACAAAGAGUUUGGCGCAUCUGUCACUGAUCCAGAAAUAUUCAAAAAAUUGCCUGCAUACUGGGAAAACAAGUAUAAUGAGGAUAUGGCCAAGUUGAACGUUCUUCCUCCAACAAUCACUACACGAGUUUCUGAAUACAUUCCAGAUAUUGCCGAAUAUGUUGACAAGAUCAUCUCCAAUGGGUAUGCUUAUCCUACAGAAGACGGUUCAGUAUAUUUCGAUACUGUUAAAUACGAGCACUCAAAGCACGAUUAUGCCAAGUUGCAACCAUGGAACAAGGGAGAUAUGGCCUUAAUCAAUGAUGGAGAAGGCUCGCUCAGUUUGGGAACCUCAAAGCGUAACCCCAGUGAUUUUGCUUUGUGGAAGGCUUCGAAGCCAGGUGAGCCUUCAUGGGACUCUAAAUGGGGUAAGGGUAGACCCGGGUGGCACAUUGAGUGUUCAGUGAUGGCCUCAGAUGUCGGUGGAUCGCAAUUGGAUAUUCACAGUGGUGGUGUGGACUUGUGUUUUCCCCACCAUGACAAUGAAUUGGCCCAAUCAGAAGCCUACUUUGAUAACGAUCAAUGGAUUAACUAUUUCAUGCAUAACGGGCAUUUGCAUAUUCAAGGACAGAAAAUGUCUAAAUCUUUGAAAAAUUUUAUCACAAUUCAGGACGCAUUGAAGGACUGUAGUGCGAGACAGUUGCGUUUAGUUUUCGCUGUUAGUUCGUGGGACAAGCCUUUGGAUUUCAAGGAUUCGUUAAUCAGCGAAGUGAAAUCGAUCGAGUCAACAUUCAACAAGUUUUUUUCAGUUGUUCGUGCGUUGAUCAAUGAUUACAAGCAUAAAUUAGAAAAAGGUGACCACGUUAGUAAAAAAUUUACUGAGGCGGAGAAGAAUUUGUACUCGGAACUUGAGAAAACACAGUUAGCUGUGGAUUCUGCUUUCUGUGACAAUUUAUCGAGUGGACAAGCAAUAAGAGCGCUCCUCGACCUUGUUUCAAACGCAAACAGCUACAUACAAGCCACUGCAAGUGGAAAAGUUGACCUUAAAGUUGAGAUUUUGAUUCUGGUUACAAAUUAUAUACUGAAGAUAUUAGGCAUUCUUGGUUUGGAGACCAGACCAGAUGGCUUAGGUUGGGCAGACAGCAAAGUUGAUGCCAAAGAUUUAACAGGCGUAGGUACUGGAGCUGGUGCGUCAUCAGGUUCGAAUGAAGAUACUAUUUUGCCAUAUGUCAAGGCGUUGGCCCAAUUCAGAGAUACUGUGCGUGGAUUGGCUAUCGAAAAGGCGGAUAAUAGCAAAUUCCUAAUAGCCACAGAUACAAUUAGGUCGCAGCUCUUGCAACUAGGUGUCUCCUUAGAUGAUAGACCAGAUGGUACAUCGUUGGUGAAACUAUUGGACGAAACUGAAAAGAAGCAAUUGUUGGAGCAGCAAGAGCUCAAAAACAAGGCUUUGGCAGAAAAGGCGGCUAAGAAAAAGGAGCAAGAAGCAUUGAAGGCAAAAAAGGAAGCCGAGAAAUUGGCAAAGAUGAAGAUUGACCCAAAGGAAAUGUUCAAAGAUCCAAGUUUGUACAAGGAAUACGAUGAAAAUGGAAUCCCAACCAUUGAUAUAAAUGGAGAGGAGUUGAGCAAGAGUGCAAAGAAAAAGUUGCUCAAGCAAUACCAGCAACAGGAGAAAUUGUACAAUGAGUAUUUGAAAAGUAAGUAG